UUUUCUUGGACUAAAAAACAUGUUCCUUGAAUAUACACACAACAGUCACAUUUUUCAACAAAAUUACACUUAGCACACAAAAACAAGCACCUUAACUAGAACUUUUGUUCUUUAGCUUCAAACAAGAAAAAGGCAAACAUGACCGAAUGGACCAACAUUUUCUGUCAUAGGAGCUUCUCCUAAUCUCUUCUCCAUUGCCACCUUGUCUUUUUCUCUAUAUGACACCAAACCAAAAACAUAUCCAAAAGCUAAAAACUAGUAAUGGAUUGUUGCGCGGAAGAGAAGAGCAUGAAAAUACCAAAGUUACCCCUAUUGAACACUCUACCAAUUAUCCAUUCACCAGAGAGAUCAGGAACAAAAACUCCUCCAUUUCAUAUCACAGUAUCAGUUCCAUUUGGUUGGGAAGAAGAGCCAGGAAAACCAAAACCUUGUACUGAUCUUGUCACAUUCUCAAAUCCAACAACUUUCAAGUGUUUGGAACUUCCUCCUAGGUUGUUGGUUGAUACAAAAGUUCCAUCCCUUACAACAGUCUUUGAUGGACCCUACAAAAAAGAUUGUAGUGGAACUGAAAAACUUGGGACUUUGAUUCUUAAGAAAGAAAUGGGGGUAAAGAAGAAAGGGUUGUUUCGUAAUUGGAGGAAAAAGGAUAUUAAGGUUAAAAAACAUGUAUUUUUGUCAUGUUCUAUUGAUAAGGAUAAAGAUAAUAUUAUUGGUGGCAUCAUAGGUAGUGACAAGAAUGUGAGGAUGAGGAAGAAGAUAAAAGAUUAUGCCAAGUCUUCUGUUUGGCAUGUUCUAUCUUGUUCAUGUGGGCUUGCAUAGCAAUCUUAAUGGACAGUUUUGUUCAUGCGUAAAGAAAUGGUCCCAUGAUGUUUGGCACUUGUUUUGAUUUUGCAGACAAAGAUGUGUGAGAGAUGGAAGCGUGUGGUUCAAUGGAAGAGUGAAAAAGUGAACAAGAAUCAGUGUUGGUGGUGUUAGAGGCUAUAGGAUUUUACCUAGGGCUAGGGUAACAUGGUCAUGUCAAAAUCAAUUACUAUCUGCAUGAUGAGUGAUGACCAUACAUAUGUACUGUGUUUUUCCUAAUUUGUCUUUGUUAUAUCUUUACGAAAUCAAAUAUCACAGGUCAUUCAGGGUCUA